UUACAAUUCUGAUUCUGAAUUCUAUCGAGGUGGCUAUCUUUUGAGUACUCAGGGUCUGGGUGUAAUCUUGUACACGUUAUUUCACCCACUUCCCAUUCUCGGAUCAAGUUGAAACUUUGUAUAAUUAUUCAUUGUCGAUGACAACACAUGAAUCAAUCAAGCAGUUAACUGAUUUAUUAAUCAAUUAGUGUCAGCAGUACUGUAGAUAUGUUCCGUUACUUGCUGUGCUGUAUACCAGGCCAGAAACAAAACACAGUAAAAUGUGUCAGAGAUGUGUCUGUAAUAUUUCCUCCAGUCGCUAGCACACAGGUAGAACAGAAAGACGUGUUUGACGAGAACUCGGUAGAGAAUAAUAUGUUCCCUUGGCUGACGGAGAGGUUCCUGAGUCGGACAAGAUUUCGAGCCUUUACAAAGGAAGGGGAUGGAGACCUUUGCAGAGCAAAAUCCAUCUACAAGUUUUUGGCCCCGUUCAAAUCCACGGAGAUUAGUCAACUUUACUUUGCCAUCAUGAAAGAGGUGAACAAGUAUUGUAAUGUCAAGGUCUACAAGUUCAGUGGCAAGGAAGAGCAUCUUCUUGCAGUGAAGGAAGCUAUGGCUCUAGACUUUGUUCGGGACUGUCCUUUUAUAGUUCACCUCAUUGAAACUUUUAAGACAAUGGGUGGACAUUAUCUGGUUACCGAAAAUUUUGGGUUCACGACUCUGCACAAUUUAUUGAAAGACACAAUGUUCUUCAAUGACUUUGAAGUCAAGUUUUAUGCAAGCGAGUUGGUUUCUGCUAUUGAAUUUCUGCACAAGGAGGGAAUUAUACAUAGGACGUUAUCCGCUCACACUGUUGGCAUCAAAAGCUCUGGACACAUCAAGCUGUUCGAUUUGGAGAGAUCUUUCUGCAGCCUCAGAGAAGACGGGAGCGCUGACCCUGACCCUCAAACAAUUGGGAUGUUUGGAUUGAAAGCCUACAUGUCCCCUGAGAUGAUAAACUAUGACAAGUACAACAACAAAGUCGACUGGUGGUGUCUGGGAAUAAUUCUUUACACUCUGGCGCAUGGAAAGAUGCCGUUCCAAGGUCAAGGACGAAGAGGCCUAAUGACGGCCAUUUUAGAGAAAGAUGUCACCUUCGACUCCGGUAUUCACGAUGAGCACACCAUAAGUUUUAUUACCAAGCUGCUUAUAAAAGAUCCUAAAGAAAGACUGGGAGAUGGUGAAGUCAAGACGCACGCUUUCUUUGAGGAUAUUCAGUGGGAGAAGGUCGAUGCGCUGGGAUAUGACCCGCCAUUUCCAUGCCCAGCCAACGCGAUGCACAACAUGCCAGCAGACUUGUGCAGCUCUCAGACGUUCAUCCCGAAAUGCGACUCGGUGACGGAGAUCAUUGACGACACGACGAAUAUGGCCAAGAAGUACGCACGACAAGUGUCGCUCUAUCCCAUGAGGCAAUACGAUUGCGAGCUGACCUCUGACUGGGCUGCCUUCAUGGCGUCUCCAAAUCUAAUUACCAGCGGCAUAGCGUACGUCAAGAACUAUCUGCAAGUGCCGCCACCGGAGCCAGGGAGACCUUUGUUCAUUGAGGACUACACUGUGGUCUACCCUCUAAGGCCUGCUGCCGAUCCGGAAAACCCAGAGAAACUUUCCAGUAAAGCUCCCAGUGAGGAUAAUGACGACUACACUCUCACUGACGCCAGCAUGACAGAUCGUGAUACAGACAAUGAUAACGAUUCUGGCAAAAAGAUGAGCGCGACAAGAAGCAGUAUAUUCCGGAGAGCAUUCUACAAGGAGGAAGAAGAAGACCAGUCGUUCAGAGACCUUGACCCGUUCCUCUACGACGGCGAUGAUGGGUCCACUGUUGUGACACAGAACACGAGACUGGGCGGUCUCAUCAGGCAGAUGGAGCACAACUCGAAGAAAGAGAAACUAGAGAAACAAAACUUUCGGAUUACGAACCAGGCAAGGACUAUGAGGAACUUUAGAACCGAAUCUUAUCACUAUGAAUGACCAAGAGCUUGGAGGACUGUAAACUACAUUUUACGACAGAUGACUUGGAGUAUUCUAGAUAGUAGCCUACUAUAAGUGCCGGAUUUUAGCAAGUGGAGGGCCUGGGGAAGUUUUUGUGGAUGUCCCUACCCUCUUCAAAUUUCAAUAUAUAUAUAUAUAUAUAUAUAUAUAUAUAUAUAUAUAUAUAUAUAUAUAUAUAUAUAUAUAUAUAUAUAUAUAUAUAUAUAUAUAUAUUAAUAAUAAUGAACUAGCAUUGUCCACCGGUAACGCCCGCCAGAAGUGUGUUUGGAAGUGCGUUUUAAAACUGGCCGUUCAAAUUCAACAUAUACCUGAACUGACAGACCAAAAGGGGGGCAGUUGUAUUGAAAGAGCUCAAUCUAGGUGGGCGGGGUCCUGGCCAAUGUUAUUUAAGCGUUACGGUGUAUAGCACGUAAUAAUAAGAAAAAAUGGCCCCCGGGCCAAAACUAUUUAUAGAGCCUACCAAAUAGUCCAAUUAAGAACUGAAAAGAAAAUGUCAGAUAGUGUAAACAAGAUUUUUAAGGUGGAGAGUUAGGGGCCGGGGGG